AUGAAAACCGUAAAAUCCUUAGAACUAUUGGCGUUUUUUGACAUUGUUUCGAAAUUGACCAAUUUCCAAGGUUUUCUUCCAACAUACUUAUUCCAACUUCAUUUAAGUGAUGAAGAUUGGAAUUUAUACUAUGAUACAACUAGGGCUUCAUACAGAUAUGAUUCUGACCAACAAAUUUCUGUUUCAAACGGAAAUAUAUUUGUUCACGAUACAAUAUUUACAUCAAAAAAUGCAAUUGUUAUUUCAAUAACUGCUGGCAACAAUGAUUUGAAGUUUUUAAUAUCGAAAUCAAGUUUUUUUAAUUGCUAUUUUUGCGACUAUGAUGGAGCAACAUGCAUAUAUCAGGAAGGCGGUUCAUGCGUUCAAUAUCAAGUAUGUAGUAUAAAUUCAACAGGAGAGGAUGGUUGCUAUGCAUUUUGCGAUAUAAGACCUUCUGAUUCAAACUGCAAAAAUUAUAUUCAUUCUUCAUCUAUUUAUAAUUCAAAUUCUAAAUUACGCUCAUCACUUGAACUUGCUGCAUAUGUAGGCCCUAUUCAAUUAGUAAAAGGUCAGAUUUCAAUUCUCGAUUCAAAUAUCUCAAAAAAUGCAUGCUAUUACUAUUCUGCAUACUUCAUUAUAGAUACAAUUUUAUCAGCAAAUAUUGUUAAAGGAUCUAUUAUCGCAGAAAACUUCGCUAGACAGUAUACUACAUUAAAUCAUAAAAGGACAAAAUGUAAAAUUCAAUAUUGUGAUAUAAUCAGAAAUACAAUGUUAACGCAUAGAGAAAAGACUAAUGAUAUUAACGCUCUUGUAUAUUCUGGUUUUGAUUCAGAAAUAAUUUUAGAAUCAUGUGUUAUUGCAAAUAACUAUGGGAAAAAUUUAUUUUUGGCAAAAAAUGAUUCAUUAAUUGAGGUCACAUCAUGCUAUCUAAAUCAAAAUGAAUUCACUUCUCAAACAUAUUGCACAGAAUCAGGAGAAAUAUCAAUAAAUUCAAUUCAAUUCCGGUCCAACAAUUUUAAUUUAGCAAUAUGCAACCAACCCAAACCUUCUUUGUCUAAGAUAGAAUUAUUAAAAUCAUCCUUCAUGUAUGGAACAGAUCAACAAAUAACAGGUACUUUAUUUGCUGAAAAUGUUUAUCAAUCAGAAUUUACAAUUUAUACAAGAAUUGAUGAAAAUCCGUAUUCGUUAACUACGUCUUCAAGGACAUCAGAUAAUCAAUAUACAGUUAAAUGCGAUAUUUCAACCCAUUUAAAAUCAGGAUCCCAUACAUUAUAUGCAAAAAUUGAUGAUUCAGAACCAGUUAGUGUUACAUUUACAUAUAUAAUACCUUUAACACUAAAUGUGAAUGAUUUUGCAAAAGAAAAUUAUACAAACAAAGUUGAUAAUUCGAUAAAAAUUUCCGGCUCUGGAAUUGCUGAUCUUCAAAAGUAUUCUUUGAUAGUGGAAAUAAAUACUGAUAAUAUCAGAAAUGAUAUUUCAAAUAAGCUAAUAAUUAAUGAAAAUGAAAAUUCAAAUUCUUAUAGUUUCACGUGUAGUUUACCUUUAUCAUCAGAUUUAAGCGAAACUUCACAUACUAUUACUAUUACAGUCAAAUCAUCAACCAGUGACAAUAUAUUUAAAACAAUAGAAAAAACAUUUAACUUCCAAAGAAAUGCUCCAAUAUUAUCAGUAAAUACACCUUCAAAACAAACUUAUAAGCACAUACUUGAUGAAAAUAUAACAUUUGAUUUUAUUAUAUCUGAUAAAGAUGGAGAUGAAAGAAUUAGUUUCUACUAUCAAUUUGAUAAUAUGGCAAUAAAUCUAUCUAAGAUUAUUGAAAUUAAUUCAGAAAAUCAAGUUUCGGAAUCAAUUUCGAUUACAAUUCCCACAGUUUUAAAUCCUGGUACGCAUAACUUCAAAUUUUAUGCAAAAGAUGAUAAGGGUAAAAAAUCCGAAAUCUUCGAAUACCAAUUUAUAUAUAUUUACAAUGAACCAAUUAUUGAAUUAGUUGAAUUCCCGGAAAAAGUAACAGCAGCCCAAAAUGAACAAAACUAUUCAAUACCAUUUUCUAUUUUUAUCAAAGAUAUUGAUGGUGAAAGUAAUAUUCGCUUAUUCUUUGCUUAUAACAAUGAACGGCAUUUAUUAAAUCAGAUUAAUAUAUCAGGAUCGCAAAAGAUUAAGCACUCUGAUACGAUCAAAAUUCCAACAACCCAUGAAGGCGAUAUUAAUAUCUCAAUAAUUGCUACUGAUCAAAAUCAUUUAUCAGGUCAGGUCUCAUUUAAUACCAAAUUAAUUAUUAAAAAAGAAACCAAUAAGAUUUACAAUAUACCACCAAAAAGAGUAUUCAGAAGAAAAUAA